AAUGCUUAUUUCUGUAACUGAGUACUCAAUCUUUCACCACUUCCGCAUUGGAUCAAACAUGGUUUGAAAUACAUCGACAGGAUGUUUCGUAGAUUAUUUCUGACCAGACAGCUUCCAACCUUGCGAUGGAUGCGUCCCUAUUGUGAGGCUAAUGGCGCCCCACCAACAGAAGCAGAGCAGCAGUUGGUUGGCAUACUGAAAGAGAGGUUUCCUACUGCUUCUUAUGUUGAGGUCACAGAUAUCUCUGGAGGCUGUGGAGCAAUGUAUGAGGUUCUGAUAGAAGCAGAUUCAUUUCAAGGCAAGCGAAAAGUAGCACAGCAUAAAAUGGUAACAGAGGCACUCAAAGAACAGAUAAAGGACAUGCAUGGGUUACGCAUCACAACAAAAGUUCCAGAUGUUUCUUAGCGUCAUAAUCAUUGUGUGGGACUUUGUGUACUAAUUAGACAAUAUGUGUUUGAGAAUGAUGUGAAAUGUCUGUCGGACAGUGGUAUAAUAAAUCCAUUGUUAUCAUUGUUCCUAAAGAGGAAUAACUAGGAACCACACUGCUAUGGUGAAUGCUCAGGAAUACCAAGUAUAUCUUUGCAACCUGUCAUAUAUAUUAUCUUUAAAAUCACAAAAAAAAAAACCAGAAAAGAUUUUGGGUAUAACUGUAUAACAUGAAAUGUUUGCGCAUACUUUCUUUCAUGGUUCAGUGAUUACAAAUUAUUUCGUAGUUAUAAAUUAGCACAUGCAUAAAUAUUGUAACAAUAAUACAUACAACAAUGUUCGCUGUAUUUAUAUUUGUGGUUCCAUAGCAACAAUGAAAACAAUGAAAGUUUAUAAACAAUGAACAUUUUAUGUUAUACAGUACCGUCUAUAACCAAAUUAAAAUCUGUUUCUUUCAGGAACCAUUUCUUGUUGAAGUUAUAUGAUACAGUAUGGAAAUUAACGGAAAUAAAUCAAUGUUUAUGAUUUUA